AAACUUCCGGGUUCCAGAAUCAAUCAUAAUUGAGCCCAUGGGGUUGCCAAGCCUGUGCCUGCAAACUCCGCUGCACCAGCAUCUGUAACUCUACACCAGCCAGCCAAAAGCAGCAGUGUUACGGAAAGAGUGUUAGCCUGUAAAAUGAAGGACCCAGAAGUUAUUUCUUAUACACUUAAAAAGCCACCGCCUCUUUUUGUUUUACUCUAAUACCAGGUUAAGAAGGUGUAGUGGUUAAGAGGCUAACAUUGAGCGACCAAUGCUAAUGGUGAAUUAGAAGUAAAUAGUCUCUAAAAAUAUCGCAAGCUACUUUUUCAAUGACCAACAACUCAGUAUUACAUUGAAAUGUACUUAUGUACUCAUUGGCUUACUGUGUAUGACUCGUCAUUGCGGACUUGUUUGUUUUGAUACAUGGACUCCAAAUUUGACCACAGGAUAUCAUUCUUACUUCAUGCCCCUUUAAGAAAUAUUUAAUAAAUGACAUUAAAUGGGAUUACACAUGCAGAUUGUCCAUGUUUAUUUCCACUUGUAAUAUAAUUUUAUCCCUUGAGAUGCUAGAAGCUUUACACUGGUCUCAGAUCUGCCUCACUCCCCAUGCAGCUUACAAACAGAACUGACCACAGAGCACAUCCUCACGUUAAACAACCUGCUGCUAGCUGAUCAGAUUAGCUCAGGAUUAGCCUCGGGGCAGAUGGAGCUCUGGGACAGACUUCAUCUUCUCAUUCUCAGGUCACACAAAUAUAUUUGCUGCAGACAGAAAUUUGUUUCCGGAGAGUAGACGUGAGUGUCCAGACCCAUCUGAUGAGAAAUUCAGGAUUUAUUGAAGGACGAGGAUUAAAACCUCGAUUGUAGUUUUCUGGAGGCUGCUGCAGAGACACCUUCUUACCAGAUGGUCCACAGACAAAGUUUUUCUAAUCAUUUGAAAUGACCAAGUUUUACCUGGAGUUCUCUAAUUGGCCGAGGCCAUAGCUGGGAGUUGUGAUGUCUCCAGUGGUGGACGAGACAGCCGGGGACCUACCGGUCCGAGACGUGGGACUGAUGAGAGGUGGGCUGAUGCCAGCUGUCCCAGAUACGCUUCGUGAUGUCAGACCAUGGAAGAAGCAUCAUAUCAUGAAGACAAAAGACCCUCAGCGGUUGUUUCGAUUUCCCAGGGAGCACCUGGAGGACCUGUGUCUCCGGCUGCAGGAGGAGAACAGCGUGCUCAGACAGCACACGCGCACACAGGAGCAGCGGCUCUGCAGGAUGUCCACACGUCUGAUGCGUCUUCGUCAGGCCCGUCCCGGCUCUGCCACUGUCAAAGAGAGGGAUUUGGAAGACACGCUCCAGGAGAUGGAGGCCCGUGUGGCAAUGCUGGAGAGUCAGAAAGAGGUGCUGCAGAAUAAACUCAGCCUGGCCAAGCAGCACAUCAUGGACCUCGGGGCUCGAACGGCAAACAGAUACAGCAAAGGUAGAACUCUGGAUGGAGAGGGUGGAGUCAGGAGGGCGGCGCAGACUGCUCCACCACGAUACUGUGUCACGCUGGAGGACACCAGGACAGAGAUGGAGAAGCUGUCCAGUCUGACAGAGCAGGUCAGGAUGACUGAACUGGAGCUGACGGCUCAGGCCCUCAGAGACACUCUACGGGAGAAAGAGAAGGAGAUGGAUGGAACAUUUAGAGAGCUGAGGAAGCAGCAGACCGACAGACACAGAACGACAAUCAGAGAAAACGUGGACCUGAUCCGUCUACAGAAGCAGCUGUCGGAGAAGAGUACAGCUCUGAGAGUCAGCCAAGAGAAGUUCGGCAGCCUGCAGGAGGCAUAUGAAAACCAGCUAGAGGAGACUCAGAGGUUGCUGAAGGAAAGCCAAGGAGCUCUGCUGGAGAAAGUGGAGGAGCUGACAGAACAAUUAAAACACGAGAGACAGAAAGCUCUGGGACUGGAGGGACAACUCGCCACCAUGACCCUGUCCGUUCAGACCCUGGAGAAGCUCCAAGAGAGGAUAUCAGACCUGGAGGGAGAGAGGGACCUGAUUAAGGAAAACUACGACUCUCUGCUGAAGAGUACUUUAUCUGCCCAAAGCGACAAUAUAUCCCAGGCUGAAAAACACAGCGAGGUGGAGCAGAGAGGAGAAAAACUGGUUGAAAACAUGUCUAAGGUGGACAUUCAGACACUGGAGGAGGCGCUGCAAGCAGAGAGGGAGGAAAGGAGGAAGCUGGAGCUGGAGAAGGAGAAACUGAAGCAGGAGAAGGAGACUUUGGAGAAGCAGAGAGUGCGAGAGGAAGAGUUGUCUGUGUUAAUGAGAGAGAGACAGGAGCAUCUGGAGCGUGAGGUUGUCCGCUACAGCGAGCAGGCCUCGGCUCUGCAGGACAGACUGGACUCCAUUUCUAAGGAGUUUGACAUGAGCAUUGAGGAGCUGAGUGAAACAUUUCUGCAGAUCAAGACCUUCAGGAUGCAGCAGGAGACAAGCGAUGGCCUGCAGUUCCUUGUGACAGAUUCAAAGGUGGAAGAUCCAACCCAUGAGCUGAUAAACAUCCAAGCGUCUUAUGCUGAGACUGUCCUUGAGCUCCAGAAAACCAGGAACCUUCUGCUGCUGGAGCACAAAAUCACCAGAGACCUGCAGGAAGAGUUGAACACCACCAACCAGAGAGUGGAAAGAGACAAGGAGGAGAUCAGAAGGAGGAUGGCAGACAAAGACAAACUUUUGUCAAAAAGAGCUCUUCAGAUCAACACUUUACAAGCCCAACUGAAAGAGUUGGCGUACAGCCCCAGGAACUACAAGAGAACCAUACCGAUCCAGUACACCUGGCCAGCUGGAGAGCAGGAGGUGGUCCAGUCCAGCGAGGAUGACCUGUGUUUCUCUCAGCUGAAGGCUGGAGAGUCACUUUUGGAGAUCCACCUGAAGGCAGCCAUUUUCACCCCUACAGGCCUCCGCAUCAUGAACAGCGUCCAUCCAGGAGCAGACAAAAACGAAGACAUCGUGACCUUCUGCACUUACUGCCUGUUGGACUUUGAGUUGCACUCCACUCCUCUUGUGUCAGGAAGCCAUCCGAACUAUGGCUAUACGUCCCGCUACGCUCUGACAGCUCGGGAUCUGGGCAGGCUCGGAGGUCAGGGGUCAAGAGUGCGACUGGAGCUGCAUCAGGCCUUAGGAGGGGUCCGUUUUGUCACGCACGGAAAUGGACACAUGUCACUCGUGGGUGCCAUCGAGAGAACAGGGGAGCGGAUUGGAGGAAGCGCCAGUAUCACAGGAAAUGAGGGAGAAAUUAUUGGUGUUGUGGAAUUCUGGGUAUGCCUGUUCCCUCCUGCAGAACCCAUCAUUGGAGCUGAGAGAACAAACACUCAAAGGAGUCCUGUUCAGAGCUCACUUGGCUGGCAGGACACCGGCCGUGAGGAGCUGUAUGACUAUGGUGGUGGAAUCCCCAAUGAACUGGUGGUGAUGUUGGAGCGCUGCAUUGGCCUGAACGCCCGCUGGCCUGGACUCCAUCCUGAUUCCUACUUGACGUACAGAUUGUACGACCUGCCCCCUCACGUCUCACUAACCGUCCAGUGCACGUCUGAUCCGGUAUUCAACGACGUCACUAGUUACCCUCUGGCAGUAACGAUGGAUGUGCUGCACUACCUCAGGUCCAGCAGUCUGUGGGUGUAUGUCUUUGAUGACAGUGAUGACCAGACACCGCCAACCUACCUGGCCAAGACUCCAAUCCCACUGCGAGCUUUGGCUUCAGGCAGAGAGAUCAGAGGUGAUUACGUACUGAGAGAUCCAGCUGGUGGACCUCGAGGGAUGGUCAGAGUCACGUUGAAAUGGAAGUACCCCUUUCAGCCUCCCAUGGAUGUAUUACAGGGGAGGGAUGUGGAAGACAGGGCGAUGAAUUCCACACAACGGGAGGAGAGAAGAGAGGAAGUUUUGCAGAGGCCCACAGCAAAGCCCAGAGUGAAGACUGAGCCCAGAGAAGCCAAAGCUGUGCAGAAAGAGACAAAAGCUUGGCCUCAGUCUCCAACUAUCAAACACAAAAGCUCACAGGAUGUUAGAUCAGAUCAAAUCACCACUGUGAAACCGCGACACUGUUAUCCAUCAGUGGAGAGGAGGAAAUCCACCAGGACGUUGACCGAAAGGUCUCAGAAAACACCUCACCUGACCCCUGAGUCGACACUGCGCUCUCACAGGUCUUCAGUGAGGUCCUUUCCCAGACAGUCUGUCACCACAGCAUCAAGGGGAUGUUCUGUCAGUGAUGCAGGAAAUCAGGACCUUCCCUCUGUGGAUCAGGUGUCUGUUUUUGAAGCAGCAGAGGAGGGAGAGGAGAGGAGUGAGAGUGGGGCCAGUGAAGCCUCUAGAUCUUUGGGAUCCAGUUCCUCACAGAGUGACAUUGUAAUCGUACCUCGCAAAAUGAAAAAGCGAGACAAGCUAAGAGUUGAGAUUUUGUCCCUGACUUUUGAACCGUCCUCCCAUGUGGCACUGGACAAGUCGGUUCAACGUGUAUAUGUGGAAUAUCGGCUGCUUGGCGUUCCAUUGGAAACGACCGAGACACCCAUGUCCCUCCGUAAGCCAGUGGCGGGAGAGGAGAUUCAUUACAACUUCACACGAGUGAUUUAUGUGGACAGCUCCCAGUCCGCUCCACUCAGACACUAUCUCUACACCAUGUUGGAGGGCAUGGACCCUAACCAGGGCAGGUUAAAGUUCACAGUGGUCAGUGAGCCGAUGGACGACGAUGAAGAGUGCGUGGAAGUAGGACAUGCUUUCCUGGACCUGCAGGAGCUGCUGCUCACAGGAAAUGAUGUCAUCGAACAACAAAUUGAUAUUGUGAGUGUGGAUGAAGACAAGGAGGUGAUCGGGACUCUGAAAGUGUCGCUAGAGGCAGCAAAAGUCCUGACUGGGAUAUACCAGGAGUUUCACCAGAAAGACAAUGGUAAAACUGAAGAUGAGGAGGAAGAAAAGAAAAAGAAAACUGAUCAGAUACAAGUGCUAGAUUAUGAAGAAGACGGUGACUUUUAAUGAAUGUAAGAACACAAUCCUUCUGUAGUUCUGUAAACUGUCAGAAAAACAAUAAAAAUAUAAAACUAAAUGUUUUAUUAUUCUCAAGAUCUGGGCUUUCAUUAUCAUACUUUAUCCUAAAUUGCUCUACAUAAAAAUUAUUUAUUGGUUUAUAUAUUGGGGAAAUGAAGGUCAUCGAGUCCGAUUGGCCCUGUUCCGUGCCACCAUUGUUGAGGCGGCCGACCGGCUGCAGCUGCAGGGUCGUUUUUUUGUUGUUGUGGUUUUUGUCCUGGCCGUGGAACACUGGACCAGCUCUAUACCCUUAGGAGGGUCCUGGAGGGUGCGUGGGAGUUUGCCCAACUACAUGUGUUUUGUGGA